CCAUGUCCUGCUCAGAACUGAUCUGUGCUUGUCUCCUGCCACUAGUAUAUCUAGUCCUUGGAGUAGAUGGAUAUUGCCAGUACAGAUGGAUACGAUGCUACUCCAACUCGAUGACUAUGACUGACAUGGUUUUUGUAGAGUCAUACUUUUACAAUAAAAUGGAAUUCUUAGUGUUUAACAGCACUGUCGGUUGGUACGUGGGCUAUUCAGGUGUUGGUAUGCGUUUAGCAGAUGAGAAGAAUCGCGAUAAAUUGCUUCUGCCAUUUGAGCGAGGCAAUGUUGACAGAUUCUGCAAAUUUAGUGCUACAAUGUACAACAGCUAUGUAGGUGACAAAACAAUUGAGCCCAGAGUGAAGCUGAGUUUGGCGAAGCCUUUUAGUGACAAUCACCCUGGCAUGCUGAUGUGCAGCGCAUACAACUUCUACCCAAAGAUGAUCCGCGUGACCUGGUACAGAGAUGGACAGAAGGUGACCAGCGAUGUCUCGUCCACGGAGGAGCUGGCGGAUGGAGACUGGUUCUACCAGAUCCACUCCCACCUGGAGUUCACCCCCAAGCCUGGAGAGAAGAUCACCUGCGUGGUGGAGCACGCCAGCUUCAAAGAGCCCAGAGAGUUUGUCUGGGAGUCCUCCAUGCCCGAGGCGGAAAGGAAUAAGGUUGCCAUUGGGGCUGCUGGACUGGUGUUGGGCCUGGUGGUCAGUGCUACUGGACUGCUCUACUACAGGAAGACGUCUCAAGGGUGGAUGAUGGCUCCCGUAAUAACAGCCUCUACUUCAUGACGACCUCCUUCAGAACGGCCUCUGCUCCAUGACGACCUCCUUCAGAACGGCCUCUACUUCAUGACGACCUCCUUCAGAACGGCCUCUACUCCAUGACAACCUCCUUCAGAACGGCCUCUACUCCAUGACAACCUCCUUCAGAACGGCCUCUACUUCAUGACAACCUCCUUUAUCUUCUUCUUCAUCCUAUAACCCGUCACUGGCUGCAUUACAGCUUAUUGAUGAGGAUUAUUUCAUCAUAAUUCUUAGGGUUUGUGUCUGUUAAAAAUGCAGAAUUUAAUCAUGUAUAAAUGCUAUCAAACAUUCCAACUAGAUAUGUGUACUGUGCCAAUGGGUGGUAAUUAGUUUGAACUAAGAUGUGUUGGAGGCAACACAGUUUUUUGA